AUGAGUACCCAACCACUCAUAGCCAAUGAGUUGCUGGCAUUUAUUCAACAUGCCAUCGACACGAUGGAUGAGGUUAGCAUCUUGCAAAUCUGCAAAUCUAACUUCAAGGAGGAAGACAUAAGUAGCGGCAAAAAGUUGCUAUUCCAAUGUCUUGGAAAGCUGGACGAGAUGCCAGCUCGCCGAAGAGACGGAACGGAGAAAAGUGUGCAGGAUAUAAUCACCUUGCUGAAGGUGACAGAUCCCGACGACGUGCCUGCUUUCGUGGCAAAGGACCUGCACAAGCUGCCCCCUGUCACCUUUGAUCACGUCGAUGUUACCCGGUUGCUCAAGGACAUCAUAUCCUUGAAGACAAGCCUGGCGGAGGUACAGUCGAAGCUGAUGUCAUCCGAAAAUACCAUCGGAGAACUCCGUGCGGAAUUAUUGGCAUUACGCAACGCUGUACGUUGUAAGUGGGUCACCAAGACUGUGCACCGACGACGCAAACACAUAUUGCAGCUAAUGUAUCGGUCAGCAGUUUGGAUCGGCGAAGGCGCAGGCAUCGCCACGUGCGGGCGCUGCAGUGAGUCACUCCGCCGAACGGCUAGCGCCUCCGGCGCAGGCUACGACACGUGUGAAAAGAAAGAAAAAGAGGAAGCCUACUUGCCGCAAUCAGUGCGGUACCGCAUGACAGGACAUAACCAUCUGCUGCGUCCUGCUGUACCAGCGACGCUGCUCUACGUGUCCCGUCUGCAUGACUCUACAAAGGUGGAGGAGAUUGUGGAGUUCAUCAAGAUCAAGGCAAAGCUUCAUCUGAAGGUCGAGCAGCUGCACUCUCAGCACAGACUACUUCAAGUCCUUUGUGGUCAGGGUGCCGACUGA